UAUGAAAAACCGAUUUUAUUGUUUGUUUGGUUCGGUUGAAAAAUUUGCAUCAUAUUAGAAGGAUAUGCAAAGUGUAUCUGUAUAGACGCCUUUGUAUAAAAUGUAUUUUAGGUUAUGUGGGAGGACGACAUUUGAAGUGUAUGUAGGAGAUUCAAGUAUUAUAUCACGGAAAUCAAUAAUACUGUGAAUAUUUAGGAAGCUGAGUGCACCUGUCGGACGCCAUUUUAGCCAAGAAGUGUCUCCAGUGGUUCAGAACGUUUACGCUGACUGUGUGGUUGGUGAUGGUAUUGUUCAACCUAGGUACGAGCCCUUGAUUUCUAAGAGCAUGAAAGAAGCCGCCUGUCAGACAGAUUUAUUUCCAGAGCUGCAGGAGGGAAACAUCGAGAAGUUGGAUAUCAAGGACGACCGGCUGAUUGAGCGCAUUUCUCGGAUGGCUCUCGAAGUGGGGCCCUUGUAUGCCAGCAGACAAUUUGAGAAGUUGAUGAAAGAGAUGGUCCGUAGGGAAGUGAACAGGAUCCAAACCGAGUACAGGAUUGGGAACGAGGACAAAGAGGAGAUUAGCCAGCAGUACAUGGCAAUGGCAUCUCAGCGGACCAAGAACGUGUUCAAUGUUCCACCAUAUGAGGAUCUUGAAACCCUGGCGGAUACUCUGCUCGAACAGGAGAAAGAACGUUUGAGGUCAAUGGAGAGGAGCUUUGUUGAUGGAAGUGCGAACAGUUUGGAUAGUCUGGAUAGUUUGAAAAGGAUUGAUAAUAUGGGAGACCAGGUUAUGGAAUUGGGCAACGUCGAGAUGAAACAUCCUUUUCAGGAGCUGGUUGUUGGCGACAAUACAUUUAAGGGAGACGAGGCUAAGGAACCGGGCAACGACGAGAACAAUUAUAUGGAAGACGGGGAAGAUGAUGAACAUUUUGGUGAACACGGUGAAGGUGGACAGGACGACCCGCAAGAAUUCCCUGACGACGGAGACGCAAAUCAGUGUAAGCAAUAUCAGCAAGAGACGGACCUGGAGGGUAAGAAAAGAAAGCGCAAGACUGAGGUUGAGCUGUUGAACGAGAUCGAUCCUACCAAGCUGGGUACCCGUAGUGGAUCUUUCAGAAAAUAAGUACAGUCCAGACAUUGUUAUGACGUUAACGACUACGAACCCAGUAAUCACAUUGAUUUACAUUCAAAAAUCUUCUUGCUUAUUGUGAAUAUUCCGUUUCUUUUUAUUUUGCAAAAACACUUUUGUUUUCUUAUACUGAUUUGUAUUACCUUGAUUUAUAGCAAAAAUUUUCUUGCUUUUUGUGAAUAUUUCGUGUCUUUUUAUUUGGCAAAAAAAAACGUUUGUUUAUUGAUAUUGACUUGUUUUCCACCGGGUGUUUAUUUUAUUUCCUGGGAAUAAGAAAAAGCGUCGCGCUUAUUUGAAAAUGAGAGCUGUCAAAUACUUAAUUUUGAAGUGCAAAGAAAUGUAUUGUACUUAGUCGAAAUAAAUGUAAAUUAGAAAUGAAAAGAAAAUUUAUGAUAGUAAUUAUGUUUGAAUUGUGGAAAGUAAGAGAUAGUGGACAAAUAUUGGGAAAAGAUAAUUAAAGAACGGGAGUAAAGGAAACGGAAAGGUGGAUCAUGGAAAGAAAGGGAGUUUAGUUCGAAAGAGAAAGAUGAAAGGUAAAGAAACGGAUAAAUUAGGAUAAGGAAAGACAACAGAAAUGAUAAUACAAACCGAAGAACAAAUGACACACAGGAGGAGGAAAGGUUAGGUAUGGGAAGACGAAAGGAAGACAGAAAAGGUGAAGAACAUAAGACAGAAAAGGAGAAAAACAACAAAA